AUGUCUGUCACAAACGCAAGCACCAGCGCAGGAACUGGUAAGGGAACUGGCUCCGGCCCUACCGGUGCUGAUGGCACCAAAGGCCCCAUCGUCAAUGCCGCACCGACCGUAUUCAUCAACCUGUACUGCACCAUCGUCGUCCGCUCUCAUGUCCCCGUCGUCCUCGAUCUCAAGAACCCUAACUAUACCAAGUGGUUGUCUUUCUUCCGGACCAUGUGCGGCAAGUUUGGGCUUCUCCACCACAUCGAUGACUCCGCUCUGGCUAACCUGGAUGAUCCUAACUGGGUCCAGGCGGAUUAUUCCGUGAAGAGGUGGAUCUUAGGCUCUGACAACAAGGAAUCAUGUGCCAUCUUCCUCAGCAACCAAUUCCACUCGCUGGUCCAGGGCAAGCUCUCUGUCUCCGACUACUGCCAAUGCAUCAAAGCCUUGGCUGACUCGCUCCGUGACGUCGGUCACGCCGUCCGUGACUCGCAGCUUACCCUCAACUUGCUUCGCGGCCUCAACCCUCGCUACUCCAACACCGCCGACGAUAUCGCCAAUGUGACGCCCUUCCCCACCUUCGCACAGGCUCGUUCCAUGCUCGCCCUGAAGGAACUUCGACUAGCGACCCUUUAUAGCACACUAUGA